AUGGAUUCCAAUAGAUCUCUAACGAAGAAAUUAGUUGGAUCUGAAUCCAAACAAGGAAAAGGAAACCGAUGUCUGUUUGAUUCGGAACAACUGACCAUACUUAAUACGAGCUUUUCUGAAGACCCGUACCCUGAUUUUGCAACCAGAAGAGAACUGGCUAACCUAGUCCGUUGUUCUAUUGAUGUAAUUUCUAACUGGUUUCAAAACAAGAGAGCUCGCCUACCAGCUAAAGAGAGACGCAAAAUACUUGAAGCUCGCAAGAGCAAAAACAACGCUCUCCAAAAUAGUUCACUUCAGGCUACCACACGUGAAACUUUCUACUGUGUCUCUGAGCAGAGCAUCUCUUAUACCCAGGGGACUGUGCUAGAUGGUAAUCCCUCUGUGGACACACCUGGAGACCCCAGUCAACAG